AUGGCCGAUUUUCUCUUGCAUGAAGGCCCUAUGGGCUAUUCCAUCUUCAAGGUCGUCCACCAGGCUGACACUGUCGGCCACCGUCUGAAAGAAGUUCAAGAUGGCGUUCAAGACCUUGCGCGAUUCGGCAAGAUGGUCGACCUCCUGAGCUUUCUGCCAUUCGAGAGCGGGAAGCAGGCACUAUCGGAACUGAACGAUAUUUCCGAAGGCAUCGCAUCUGACUUUCUCAAAUCCUUCCUCGAACUCAACCUGCCAAAAGCUGGGAAGAAGAACAAAAUUAUCUUGGGCGUUUCAGACAAGAUCCUUGCGGCUAGCAUCAAAACAGCAUUUCCAAAUAUCGAGUGCGAGACUGGAGACACAAGCGAGGUCGUUCAGGACAUGCUCCGAGGAAUCAGACUACACUCCGAGAAGUUGCUCAAACAGCUCCGCGAGGGGGACACUAACACUGCACAGCUCGGUCUGGGUCAUGCAUACUCCAGAGCCAAGGUCAAGUUCUCUGUGCAAAAAAACGACAAUCAUAUUAUCCAAGCUAUUGCAAUACUCGACCAAUUAGAUAAAGCCAUCAACACAUUCUCCAUGCGCGUUCGCGAAUGGUACUCCUGGCAAUUCCCAGAGCUCGUUAAGAUCGUCUCAGACAACCACAAGUAUGCCAAGGUUGCGCUGUUUGUGAAAGAUAAGAAAACUUUGUCUGAUGAAAGACUCCACGACCUCGCAGCCGUGGUAGAUGAUGACGAGGAAGUCGCAAAGAGCAUUAUCGACGCCGCAAAAACAAGUAUGGGUCAAGAGAUUUCCGUUUCAGACAUGGAGAAUGUGACGUUGUUCGCGGAACGAGUGGUCAGCCUUGCGAACUACCGGAAGACGCUGCACACCUACCUUGUCUCUAAGAUGGGUGUGGUUGCCCCCAACUUGGCUGCCCUUAUUGGGGAAAUUGUGGGAGCUCGAUUGAUUUCUCAUGCUGGCAGUUUAACGAACCUAUCUAAGUACCCCGCCUCUACCGUUCAGAUUCUAGGAGCGGAGAAGGCCUUGUUCAGGGCGUUAAAGACCAAAGGCAACACGCCCAAGUAUGGUCUCUUGUACCACUCAUCGUUCAUUGGAAGAGCUGGGCAGAAAAACAAAGGAAGAAUCUCACGGUUUCUCGCCAACAAGUGUUCGAUCGCCUCCAGGAUCGAUAACUUCUCAGAGACUCCGUCAACAAUCUUUGGGCAGGCAUUAAAGAAACAAGUAGAAGAACGACUAGAAUUUUAUUCGACGGGGGCACAGCCCACCAAGAACGAGACUGCCAUGAAAGAUGCCAUGGAAAAGGUUCUUGCAGAAAUGAAAGUCGACGGCCCCACCAAAACAGGCGUCUAUGCAGAUCUUAAAGCGGAGUCAACAGCAACCCAGAACCAGGAUAAAGGAAGGAAGGAUAGGAAAAAGGGGAGGAAGGAUAAGGACAAGGCCGUAAACUCAGACGACGCCAGCAAGAAGGACAAGAAGGACAAGAAGCGGAAGGCAACUGAGAUGGACAACGAGGGAGGCGAGAAGAAAAAGAAGAAAUCAAUACCCAGGGAUUAG